AUGUCGCCGUCGCAAGGUGGGCAGAACGGCACCCAGAAUAUGAUCCGAAAGCUGACGAAAGCGUGCAGAUCAAAUGUGACCGCAAGCGCCCCUGUUCAAGAUGUAUCAAAGCAGGAACAGAAUGCGUCCUGCAAGGAACUGGCGAGAAGCAGAGUGUCUAAAAGCUACGUCCAGGCUCUAGAAGGGCAAAUCAGUGCACUGGAGCAAGUGAUUCGCAAGUUGGCCAUUGCAGAUAGCACGGAAAGAGAUGAGAUUCUUUUAGAGUUGUCUCUGAGCUCGGCGCCCGAGGACGGCGCACCGCUUGACAAAAAGCCUCAGCCAAACCCGACUGGAGACCAUGGCGUUGCGGUUGCUCGGCUGCGCGCUGGACAAUUGAGACGGCCGCGAGAUGGUAACGCGGCACAGUUCUUUGGCGGAACCAGUUCGUUUCAAAUUCACUUCUCCAGGGACGAGACUCAGACGAUCCCUCGUACGUCAGCCAACAGCGAUGGCACAAUGGUGCAGGCUGAUUGCCAAGUCAACUCGAUGCUGGAAAUAACGGAUCUUGCACUCGAGGAGUCAAGUUCCAGUGGCAGUGGCUGCUUUCAAUAUGCGCCUCAUGACCAAACUUCUCAAACCUUGAUGGCUGCCUUCUUCACGGAGCAGUAUCAGUAUAACAUGGUGGUUUACCGGGAAUACUUCCUGAGAGACUACGACGUGGGCUCUGGGAGAUAUUAUUCCGACUUGCUGCUCUACUCCAUGUGCUCGCUCUCGGCCCUCCUGUACGACGACUUCUUCAAAUUAUCCGACGUGUUUUCUGGCCAGGCGCAAGCACUGCUCUUUGCAACACUGGACAAGCCCGACCUCACUACACUCCAGGCCCUGAUUCUUCUGGGGCACCGAGAAAUCGCUGUAGGGCAGACAUCUAAAGGAUGGCUCUUUUGUGGCAUGGCUUUUCGACUGGCUCACGAAAUGGGGUUGCACCUCGACCCGAGUAACUGGGAUGCAUCCACGAGCUCCUUCCGCGAUCGAGAGAUCCUCCGUAGGGUCUACUGGGGAAUUUUUAUAGCCGACAAACAGCUAAGCCUGUACUUCGGGCGACCUCCAGCUCUAUACCCCAGCGAGUCGGAUGUGCGAAACACCAUCAGACUACAAUAUCCUCAUGACUGGCAAAACUUGUUGGAAACGUAUAUUUGCAGGGGUGCCACAGUACCAGAGUACGAGAACGGCGUGGCGCUGGUUGGUUCCUUUAUAUACCAAGCAGAGCUCUGCAAGAUCAUUCACGUCAUGAUCGCGGAUCUCUUUGAAAACCGGCGAGGGGAUGUUGACCCAGCCAUUGCAGCGGCCAAGUCGCGCAAGAUUCACGUUUCGCUGACAAAAUGGCUUGCGAGCCUGCCAGGAACGCUGCACUGGAAUCAAUGGACAGUAGGACAGGUGCCAUCGCCUGUACUUCACCUUCACAUGUUAUUUCACACCGUCAUGAUCAUCCUCCAUCGCCCACCGUCAAAUAUGUUUGAAAAGCCUGGGAUCUCAGAAAGUGAAGAUGUUGAAAUAUGUUACGAGUCACUGCAGGCUAUCUUGCGCCUCAUGCGAAGCUACGCUCGCUAUUAUCGGUACAGAUCCCUCCCACUGGAUUUUGCACAAACGCUUUCCACGGCCACGGGAGCUGUCAUGAUGAAGCGGUUCUUCCAGAAAUCAUCGUGGGAUGACCCCGAGAUCGAACGGUCGCUGUCUCUGCUGACGGAAGCCAUGGACGAAAUACAAAACAGCCUGCCAUGUGUCAAGGAGAUUCGCGAUGCUUUUGACGAGGAACUCGGCACAUUGAUCACCGAUGAGUUUCUGAGUGCUCAGCUUCAGGUCCAGGACGGCAGUGGAUUUGAUUUUGAGCCAUUUGACUUUAACAACCCACCAGAAGGGACGAUCGAUUCGCGGCAAUGA